AUGGAAGGAAAAGAAAAAAGAGUUAAGUACAUUCUUGGGCUAGAGGGUAGUGCAAACAAACUAGGAAUUAGCAUAAUAAAUGAUAAAAUGGAAAUUCUUGUAAACAUGAGAAGAACAUAUGUUUCUGAAAUUGGGUGCGGGUUCAUCCCGAGACAAAUUAAUGCACAUCAUAAAUAUUACAUCAUCGAAAUGAUUAAAGAAUGUCUAAAUAAAUUAAAAAUAAAAAUAACAGAUAUACAUCUAAUAUGCUAUACAAAAGGACCAGGGAUAGGAUCUGCUUUGUAUAUUGCUUACAAUAUCAGUAAAUUUUUUUCUUUGCUUUUUAAUAUACCUGUAGUUGGAGUCAACCACUGUAUUGCACACAUAGAAAUGGGUAUUUUUAUAACCAAUUUGUAUAACCCCAUUAUUUUAUAUGUUAGUGGUAGUAACACGCAAAUAAUUUAUUUUAAUAAUCAUAAGAAGAAAUAUGAAAUAAUUGGAGAGACCUUAGACAUAGCCAUAGGAAAUGUGAUCGACAGAUCAGCCCGGAUUCUCAGAAUUUCCAAUUCACCGUCUCCUGGAUAUAAUGUGGAAAUGUGGGCUAGAAAAAAGCAUCUCCUAAAUGUUCUAGAAAAAAAAAAUAAUAAAAAAAAUAAGCAAAAUAAGCAAAAUGAGCAAAAUGAGCAAAAUAAGCAAAAUGAGCAAAAUAAGCAAAAUGAGCAAAAUGAGCAAAAUAAGCAAAAUGAGCAAAAUAAGCAAAAUGAGCAAAAUAAGCAAAAUGAGCAAAAUAAGCAAAAUGAGCAAAAUGAGCAAAAUGAGCAGAAUGAGCAGAAUGAGCAAAAUAAGCAAAAUAAGCAAAAUGAGCAAAAUAACGCAAAUGUGCAUCCAAGCGCACAGGAGGAGGGAUCUCGAAGUGACAGCCACAGUGACGCUACCAAUGCUCUAAGAAUGGUUCGAAGUGAGAUCGAUAGUAGCACAUUUCGAAACGAAGAUAAUCAAGGAGGCCAAGUGUAUGCUACCCCAACUAUUCCUUCUAAACCACAAAGAGGAGAAAAGAGAUACCAACAUGAUUAUACAGAACUACUUUUUUUUCCAUAUACAAUAAAGGGAAUGGACAUUUCCUUCAGUGGAUAUGACUACUACGUGAGUAAAUAUUUUUCCAAGUAUGUAACCAAACGGAGGAACAAAGGAAAAGACUUAGAUAAUAGCAUGUCUGUAUGCAGCAUCCAGAGGGAGAAAAACUCCCCCCAUGACAAAGUUCCUUCCACAAACCAUAUAAAAGUUCUUAAAAGAAAAAAAAGAACUAUGGAUUCAUCCGCAUCAUUAUCUUCUUCGGAAGGAGUGCACCAAAAGAACGGCCAUGAAGAGAACGACCAAGAAGAAGAAGAGAGAGAACGGAAAGAACAGCUGAAGAGGAAAGGGAAAACUGACGCAGAUGUGAUAGAGGGAAAAGAAAAUUCGGGUGCAGCCAUGCGUAUGAACAAAGUUGUGGAAGAAGAAGGAGAUAGAGAAACAAACAUUAUGUCAGGAAGUUCACAGAAAUUUGUUGGGAUGAACUUGAGCAUACAUCCUGGUGUCCAAGGGAGUUCUUAUUAUGAAGAGAACAUCAUUUACAACAAUCAAGGGAAAAAGAAUUAUGGUGAAGAUAACCAAUACAUGGAUGAUGAUUGUGCUAUCGAGACGGAUAGCGAUUUUUAUGACAGCACAUCGGACGAGGAAGGGGCAGCGAAAGUCUUCAAACAAAAUAAGAACGCAAAGGAUGCUGUGAGUGUCCAAAAUGAAAAUGUAAAUGAUAUCACAAAUUCCCCCAACACAUCGGAUGAUAACAGUACCAUCCUAACCGACGAAGAGAAAAGAAAAAUACAAAUCUGCUACAGCCUGCAACACCAUAUAUUCAGCAUGCUGAUAGAAAUAACCGAGCGAGCCAUUUCGUUCACUAAUAGUAAGGAAGUCAUAAUAGUAGGGGGAGUAGGGUGUAAUGUGUUUCUUCAAAAUAUGAUGAAAAAAAUGGCAAAGCAGAAAAAUAUAAAAAUUGGAUUUAUGGAUCACAGCUACUGUGUAGAUAACGGCGCUAUGAUUGCCUACACAGGUUACCUCGAGUUUUUAAAUUCAGAAAAUAAAAAUGCUUACAAUUUUGACAAUAUAAGUAUUCAUCAGAGGUAUCGAACAGAUGACGUGCUCGUGACAUGGAGAUAG